AUGUUUCAUAAAAACCACUAUAAUGGAGCCUAUUCAAAUCUCAUGAUCCUACAUAAAAAAUAGCUUAAUUUGUCUACAGAAACAUUCAUCUGGAUGAACUUUGUCAAUAUCUUAACAGGAAUACUCUAAAAUACAAACACUCAUCUUAUUUUUGAACCUAAAGCAAUAUUUCUUGCAGGUAUAUUUCUACUUUAUAUUUAAUAAGGUAAUGAUGAAGAUUAAUUACGUGUUGCUUAAUUCAAAAUUGAAUACAUCGCCUAUUAAGAAUUUAAGAUGAUCUAUAUCAUGAAAGAUUAACGAUCUCUCGUUUCAUAUAAACCAUUCACUUCCAUAUUCUAUUCCAAAAAUUAUAAAGAGCUUUAUACUAAAUAUAGAGGAACUUGUUUAUUUGUUAAAGAUAAGUUGAUUAAAGAAUAAAAACAAUUAUAAGAAUAGACUGGUUAUAUUAAAGAUUUUGAUUUAGAAAAGUAUGAAUCUUUUGUUAUUGCUUGGAUUCCGAAAAGAAAAGAAUCUAAAAUCACUUCAUUGUUUUAAACAUGGAUUAAUGAAUACAAUUAAUCUAUCAAUUUUACACCUAAAUAUGAAUUAAGACCUACCAUCAAUAGAGAAUAUUUUAAUGAUGCAGAUCCUCUAUAAUAAAUAUCAAUGACUUAUAUUGAUUUUAUACUUUUCUAUUCUGAAAAUGAUGUAGAAUAAUUCCAAUUAUAAAAUAAAGUCUUAAUUAAAUUAGUUGAUGAUGGAUGGAAAAUUUUAUUUAAAAUAUAUUCAUCAAAUCUUCUAUAUUGUUAAUAAGCUGAAUAAAAUAUUAAUGAUUUUUUAAAUUAAUAAUCAUUAGAAAUAUUUAAUAUGGAAUUAUUUCAUUUAUGUGAUGAUUUUGAUAAAUUUAUUCUUGAUUUGGAAGGAAUAUUGAAGAAAAAAUGCAAUUAACCUGUUAGAUUAUAUAAACUCAAUUCAAUUCUAUCUAUUGUCAAAGAAAUUGAUAGAAGAUUUGAAACCAAAGUUUAAAAUUAUAUUUCUAAUUUUGGAUUUAAAUAAUGUUUAUUUUUUUCUAAAUAAAGAGAUAAUACUCUGGCUUUCAAAAUUAUUAAAGAUAUUAUUGAUUUAAGAAUCAAAUUUAAUCAAAUUAUUAAAAAAAAAUCAUUGGAAAUAUCUUUAUUAUCAUAAUCAUUUCAAAGUUGUAAAUCUACAUUAUUAUAUUCCUAAUGUGGUAAAUCUACUAUAUUACCUUAAUAACUCAAAGAUAAAGAAUNUUUAACACCUAAAUAAAACCAUCCCAAAUUAUUUCUUCACAUUUUUGUGCAAAAUCAACCUCUAAUCAUACAACUACAUUAAUGUUUCAUAAAAACCACUAUAAUGGAGCCUAUUCAAAUCUCAUGAUCCUACAUAAAAAAUAGCUUAAUUUGUCUACAGAAACAUUCAUCUGGAUGAACUUUGUCAAUAUCUUAACAGGAAUACUCUAAAAUACAAACACUCAUCUUAUUUUUGAACCUAAAGCAAUAUUUCUUGCAGGUAUAUUUCUACUUUAUAUUUAAUAAGGUAAUGAUGAAGAUUAAUUACGUGUUGCUUAAUUCAAAAUUGAAUACAUCGCCUAUUAAGAAUUUAAGAUGAUCUAUAUCAUGAAAGAUUAACGAUCUCUCGUUUCAUAUAAACCAUUCACUUCCAUAUUCUAUUCCAAAAAUUAUAAAGAGCUUUAUACUAAAUAUAGAGGAACUUGUUUAUUUGUUAAAGAUAAGUUGAUUAAAGAAUAAAAACAAUUAUAAGAAUAGACUGGUUAUAUUAAAGAUUUUGAUUUAGAAAAGUAUGAAUCUUUUGUUAUUGCUUGGAUUCCGAAAAGAAAAGAAUCUAAAAUCACUUCAUUGUUUUAAACAUGGAUUAAUGAAUACAAUUAAUCUAUCAAUUUUACACCUAAAUAUGAAUUAAGACCUACCAUCAAUAGAGAAUAUUUUAAUGAUGCAGAUCCUCUAUAAUAAAUAUCAAUGACUUAUAUUGAUUUUAUACUUUUCUAUUCUGAAAAUGAUGUAGAAUAAUUCCAAUUAUAAAAUAAAGUCUUAAUUAAAUUAGUUGAUGAUGGAUGGAAAAUUUUAUUUAAAAUAUAUUCAUCAAAUCUUCUAUAUUGUUAAUAAGCUGAAUAAAAUAUUAAUGAUUUUUUAAAUUAAUAAUCAUUAGAAAUAUUUAAUAUGGAAUUAUUUCAUUUAUGUGAUGAUUUUGAUAAAUUUAUUCUUGAUUUGGAAGGAAUAUUGAAGAAAAAAUGCAAUUAACCUGUUAGAUUAUAUAAACUCAAUUCAAUUCUAUCUAUUGUCAAAGAAAUUGAUAGAAGAUUUGAAACCAAAGUUUAAAAUUAUAUUUCUAAUUUUGGAUUUAAAUAAUGUUUAUUUUUUUCUAAAUAAAGAGAUAAUACUCUGGCUUUCAAAAUUAUUAAAGAUAUUAUUGAUUUAAGAAUCAAAUUUAAUCAAAUUAUUAAAAAAAAAUCAUUGGAAAUAUCUUUAUUAUCAUAAUCAUUUCAAAGUUGUAAAUCUACAUUAUUAUAUUCCUAAUGUGGUAAAUCUACUAUAUUACCUUAAUAACUCAAAGAUAAAGAAUCAUUUGUUCCUCAAUUAUUUCCUUAGGAAUGGAGAGGGUAAUCAGCACUCCCUGAAAUCAAUUCUAAAUAUUAAUAAAAUUAAAGUAGUUUUUCAAGUGAGCAAUAGUCUAAGUUAUCCAAAGAUAAUAAUUAAUAAUCUAAUAAAAUAUAAAUUCAUGAUUAAUAACAUAACUAAUCUGGAUACUCAAAUGGAGGAACUUUUAACUCUAUGGAAUCUUUAAGUAAAGAUUAUAAUAGUUUUGAUAGUAGUGAUAGCAGUGAAAUUAAUGAACUUAAUGAAUUUUGUCAUGAAAUCUAAUUAUCGUCAAAUUUCAAGUAAGAAAAAAAUAAAAAAAUUAUUGAAGAAGAAAAGAUUUUAUAAUUGAUUUAAAUUCAUCACAUUUCUCAACAAUUUGUUCGUUAAGUACUAUUGGUAGGAAUUGAUAAAAAAUCAAUUUAAUAUAAACUUAAAGAAUCUGCUGGAUUGUAUUUAAAAGAUUGGGAAUAAAGUUUAAGAAAUUUCUUGAAAACAUAAGAAAUUAAAAUGAAUGAUUUAGAAUUGAUUUUUCGUGAUGAUUGUAUUGCAAUUAAUACUAAAUUGAAUUAUCAAUAAGUAUCUUCUAUUUGUGAUUAAUUUUUUGCAGGUACAACAUGUAUAGUUGUGUAAUCAAAUAAAAAUUCAAUAGAUUUUAGAAAUUAAUUAAAAGAAACUUAUGGAAUAGAAUCAAAAUAAACAAAGAUUUAAUAGAUUGGAUUAAUUAGUAAACAAUAAUUUGAAUAAUUGUAAGUAGAUGAAAAGGGUCGUUAUAUAGCUAUGGAGUUAUAUAAUUAUUUAUAUUUUGAGACAAAUAUUUAAUAGAGGAUAAAUAAAUUGUUGAGCUAGAUUUAAUAAGAGUAGGAUGAAUCAAUUCUUAUAUCAGAAGUUGGUCUUGGAAAUAAAAUAAUAAUUGUCUUGUCUUAAUAGUAAUUGAAUUAUUUAAUAGAAAAUUAUUAAGAGUUAGAAUGCAACAAGUUGAUUAAAUUUGGAAAAUACCUCUCAAACACAUUUUAUUAUGUAGAAAUAGAAAAUAUUGGUGAGUUAUAUGAAGAUGCAUAGGAUAUGUUAAGACGUAUAGGUUAUGAGUUGGUGGAUACUUAUUGCAAUAGGAAAAAGUAGAAAUAUAAGAAUUAGCAAAUAAUCUAAUUAAAAUAAAAUAGUUGGAAGUUAUGCAUAUAUUCUAAUAUAAAGAAGUUUUACACAAAGUUAUUAAAUGAUCUAUUAGAAAUGAAAUUCAAUGAGAAGGAAUAUCUCUAAAUAUUUUAGGGAGGUGUUAAGUUAUCUGAGCUUUAGAUAGAUUUAGGGAAAUUUUAAAUAAAACAUGAAAAGGACAUAAAUAAAUUGGAUUAGAUGAUUUUGGAUGAUUCAAAUUGUAAUGAUUAUAAUUUAAUCAAUAAAGAUAAAUGUGUGUCUUAGAAGAUAGACCAGUUUACACCAGGAAAUUAUUUGACUAUAGUAGUAAGAUCUGAACAAUUACCAAUAGAAAAUGUUACUUAACUUUAUCCUGAAACUAGUCUCAUCAGGUAUUUUUAUGUAUUAUUAUAAUUUAAGAGGUUAUUUUGAAAUACAAAGAAAUUAUUCUAAGCAACAACAAUAAAACUUCUGA